AUGCCCCAUACCGCCUACAUAGCCAUCAAACCUCUCGAGCACAAAAUCCAGUACCAUAACCCACCUCUCGCCGGCCGGCCAACCAUCUAUCCUACCAUCCUCGGCGCCGACUGCUCUGGCACCAUCGUCGCUAUCGGCGAUAAAGUCACGACGCGGAAGGCCGAAGACCGAGUUAUGGCGAAUGCUUGUGGACUCCAAUCGAGACGGCCGGAAAUGAGUGCCUUCCAGCGAGAUCGAGGAACGCUGUUGGUUUGGGGAGGGAGUUCGAGUGUGGGAUGCUGUGCGAUGCAGAUGGCGAGUUCGGCAGGAUAUGAAGUCUUUGCGACUGCGAGUAAGAGAAAUCAUGGAUUGUGUGAGGCAUUGGGUGCGGCGCAGGUCUUCGAUCACUCGAAUCCCAGAGUCGAGGACGAGAUUGUGGCUGCAUUGAAAGGCAAGACUGUCGUUGGAGUCCUGGACUGCAUUUCAGACGACGAGAAGACACUGCCUGCUUGCGCGCGAAUUUUGGCGAAAGUGGAAGGGAAGAGAAAGAUCGCCGCAGUGUUGACGCCAGCAAAGACGAAAUACGAGGGCGGCGUAGAGGUUACUCGACUCAGUAUACCAGCAUUACGAGCGUCCGAGACGUACAACGCCGUUCAUGAAUGGAUGGCGAAAGCUCUCGCGAACGGAAUAUUGCAACCCAAGCCUGACCCUAUCAUUAUUGGAGAAGGUUUUGAGUCCAUACAGCUCGAAAUCGAUCGAGUGAGAAAAGGCGUCAGUGCCGCGAAAGUGGUCGUGCGACUCAGCUGA